AAUUGACUUUCAUGCAUCUUAAAGCUCGUGCUGACAACCUCACAGCCAAGAUAUCGCACAUUUACCUGUAUUACUGUAUAUACACUUUUCAUAUACUUACAUGUAUCUCUCAGAUUAUUAGUAUAUAAAUGCAUGUUUUAAUGUUUUAAGAGCAUAUAGAGUGUAAGGGGAAAAAAUGGGGUUAAAAAUCAAAAAUAAGAGUAGGAGGAUCUUGAUGUUUUAUCUAACCCUAAUGUCCUUUUCGUUUUUGGGUUUGGUAGUAACGUUUAAACCUUUGUUCCUUCUCAACCCCAUGAUCAGUUCUCCAUCGAUAGUUGAGAUUCGUUACUCUUUACCAACGCAAGUUAACCGGAUCCCGAGAUGGUUCCAACUAAUCAAGAACCAUCUUCCGGAGAAAAAGAUCAGAGUUGGUCUUCUCAAUAUCGAAGAAAACGAGCGUGAGAGGUACGAGGCAACGGGGACGUCGAUCUUGGAGAACGUCCACGUGACGCUAGAUCCUCUUCCGAAGAAUCUGACGUGGGAGAGUUUAUUUCCUGUGUGGAUCGACGAGGAGCACAAAUGGCACGCGCCAAAGUGUCCAGAGGUCCCUCUCCCUCGUAUGGAAGGUUCUGAUGCUGACGUGGACGUCGUCGUAGUAAAAGUGCCGUGCGAUGGGGUUUCGGAGGAUAAAGGGUUGAGAGACGUUUUCCGGCUACAGGUGAAUCUGGCAGCAGCGAAGCUGGCCGUGGAGAGUGAGCGGAGGCACGUUGACCGGACGGUGUACGUUGUCUUUAUCGGGUCAUGUGGACCCAUGCAUGAGAUCUUUAGGUGUGAUGAGCGCGUAAGGCGCGUAGGGCAAUACUGGUUGUAUAGACCUAAUCUAGAGAAGUUGAAGCAAAAGCUUGCCAUGCCUGUUGGUUCUUGUCAGAUUGCAACGCAGCUUGCUCAAUUAGAUCAAGAAGCAUGGAGACAAGAGAAGAACGAAACUCUCACAUCAACAACCGCAUUAUCAUCAUCAUCUGGUGCCCAACGUGUCGGCUACGUGACGUUACUCCACUCAUCCGAGGUCUACGUAUGCGGGGCAAUAGCCUUAGCACAAAGCAUAAGACAAUCUGGCUCAACGCAUGACAUGAUACUCCUCCACGACGACUCCAUAACCAACACAUCUCGUAUUGGCCUUAGCCGUGCCGGCUGGAAACUACGGCAAGUCAAGAGAAUCCGUAGCCCUUUCUCCAAGAAGGGUUCUUACAACGAGUGGAACUACAGUAAGUUACGUGUGUGGCAAGUAACAGAUUACGAUAAGUUAGUGUUUAUAGACGCAGAUUUCAUCAUCGCCAAGAAUGUUGAUUAUCUUUUCUCAUAUCCUCAACUUUCUGCUGCUGGCAACGACGAAGUCUUGUUCAACUCCGGAGUCAUGGUUCUGGAGCCAUCAGCUUGUUUGUUCGAGGAACUGAUGGCGAAGUCGUUCAAGAUUAAGUCUUAUAACGGAGGAGACCAAGGUUUUCUGAACGAAUACUUUGUGUGGUGGCAUAGGUUACCUAAACGUGUGAACACGAUGAAGUUCUUCGGUGCUGAAAGCAAGAACGACCAAAGACGUCAUCUCCCGGACAAUUUAGAGGGGAUACACUACUUGGGACUAAAACCAUGGCUAUGUUACAGAGACUAUGAUUGUAACUGGGACUUGAAAUCGCGGCGUGUGUACGCAAGUGAGUCGGUGCAUGAGAAAUGGUGGAAAGUGUAUGACAAGAUGCCGAAGAAGUUGAGAGGCUAUUGUGGUUUGACUCGUAAGAUGGUGAAGAACAUUGAGAAGUGGAGGAAAACCGCAAAGGUUAAUGGUUUACCUGAAAGGCAUUGGAGAAUUCAAGUGAGAGAUCCAAGGAAGAAGAACCUUCUUGAUUAAGUCAGAGAUAGCGUUUUGGAAUUGAUUUUGGUUGAGAGCUAUGAGGGAAGUGAGAGUGAUACUCCCUUCCUAUCGACCGCUAAUGUGGUUCAUAAUUGAUAAACCAUUAAUUAAAACGAUGUAUACACAUAAUUGUUAUUUUUAGAUGUACAUGUAUUAUUUAUUGAGUUAUUCUUGGGUUUA